AGGUCGGGCUGAACGGAUGAGUUGGGAACGGGGGAGUGACAUUUCCAACAGACCCGAGUAACGCGAGGUUGGUUCGAGCAUGGCACGGCACGGCACGGCACGGCACAGCUCGGCUCGCCGCUUCCUCCUGGCUUCCGAGUGAGAGAGAAAUCCAGCGGUAGCUAAACUUUCAGGGUACUUAUAAAAGAUGGUUGAUCGCUUGGCAAACAGUGAAGCAAAUACCAGACGAAUAAGCAUAGUAGAAAAUUGUUUUGGAGCAGCUGGUCAACCUUUGACUAUUCCUGGUCGUGUUCUGAUUGGAGAAGGUGUGUUAACAAAGCUGUGCAGGAAAAAACCCAAAGCAAGACAGUUUUUCUUAUUCAAUGAUAUUCUUGUGUAUGGAAACAUUGUCAUCCAGAAGAAAAAAUACAACAAACAACACAUAAUACCAUUGGAAAAUGUCACUAUUGAUUCCAUCCAAGAUGAGGGGGACCUACGCAAUGGGUGGCUUAUCAAGACACCAACUAAGUCUUUUGCUGUUUAUGCUGCCACUGCAACAGAGAAGUCUGAAUGGAUGAACCACAUCAAUAAGUGUGUGUCUGAUUUGCUUUCCAAAAGUGGAAAGACUCCCAGUAAUGAACAUGCAGCUGUCUGGGUACCUGACUCAGAGGCCACUGUGUGUAUGCGUUGUCAGAAAGCAAAAUUUACACCUGUAAACCGUCGUCAUCACUGUCGCAAAUGUGGUUUUGUUGUUUGUGGGCCAUGUUCUGAAAAGAGGUUUCUUCUCCCAAGCCAGUCCUCCAAGCCUGUACGAAUUUGCGACUUCUGCUAUGAUCUUCUUUCUAGUGGGGAGAUGACUACUUGUCAUCCCACUAGAUCAGACUCCUACAGCCAGUCACCUAAAUCCCCUUUAAAUGACGUAUCUGAUGAUGACGACGACGAUGAUGACAGCAGUGAUUAAGGACCAAAAAAGCUUUUCCAUUGUGUUACAAUUGGUGUUUUAAACCAUAAAGAGCUGCUUUUCAGGAAACCUAUAGUCGGAGUUCUCUCAAAAUUCUGUUCUAGCCAUAAAAUUUGCCUGAGUAUCUUCAACUACAGUGUGCCUCCAAUACAUGAAUUUUCUAGACAAUACGUUCGUUUUUCACUAUUCUGCAGGGAUAGACUGUUGCAAAUGUAUCAGAUUUUUUCCAUCUUAUACUUGAGUUAUGUCUAGAUUAGACUUUUGUGGAAGUUUGGAAAAUUAAGCAUAUCUUUUUAUUUAACAACAUGCAUCCUUCUUUUGAUAGUGAUACCUUAUUUCUGUGUGGUUGGGAUUUUUUUGGAAGGUGGGAUUAAAAUGUGCAUGAAACGGUGAUAAAUCUUUUGGUAAAUUCCAGCAAAUGAUUAAGUUUUUCUAACCAUGCUUGGGUAAUGAUGAAUUGACUGAACAUAUUGAGACAUAACUGUCUACUUGAAUUUGGAAAUCUUUUGGUUUUUUGUUUAUGAUGACUUUGUAUACCAAGCAGUGCCUUGUAACAAUUGUGCUGAUUCAGGAAGAAACAAACUUGCUGCAUGCUGUCUGAAUUUGCAUGACACAGUUAUCUGAAAUAAUUAUUGGUGCUAUUAAAAACAAUUGCUGUGUGCUUAAAAUAGGAUAUUGAAAAGAGCACAAAGGUGGACAUGUCAUGGCAGUGGCUGGCUGAGAUCUGAAUUGCAGUCUGAUUUUUUUUUUUGCAAGGAGACCCCAAGCUCUCAUGCAAAUUAAUGGGAUUUCAUUCACACUCAUCACAUUGCAGGGUUGGGAUCUGGAUUGUAAAUUCAGCAUGUUCUUCACAGGGAUAUUUGGAUUUUUUUUAAAGUCUUUUGAAGAGCUGUAUUUUAAGAGGUAUCAAGUAAUAGUUGGUAAAUGUGUAGCUUAAUUUGGAUUAUGAAGGUGAUGUAGCAUAUUCCCUUGGAAAGUUACAGUUUUGAAAUUGCUUCCCAAACACAACACUAACUUUUUUAUUGCUAGCCAGUGGCAUUUUUUUAGACAAAGCUUAGAAUUUUAUUUUUUAAAUAAGCCACUGUUGGCUGGAAAUCUACAGUCUGCAGAGACCCUAGCAAAAAUGUCCCUCCUUUAUACACAGCUGACCUCGAGAUAUAAGUGGAAUGCAAAUUAGUUCAUUUUAAAUGGUAUACCCAGGACCAUGAACACUGUAACUAAGUUAUAAAAUGGUCAGUGCAGAAAAUGUCUCUAACAGUAUUCACUUUACUUUUUAAUAAGUCCUUACCCUGUUCCUAUAUAUAUGUAAAAGUUUAGCUUUUUGAAGAUUUGUAAAACUCAAACAUAUGUUGACAUUUCUAUAUUUUUAUAAUAGUAGUAAUCAAUUCUGAUGUGGAAAAAACCCUCUGAAGUUGUACGGAGAUAUAAUAUCAACUGAUUUUAUAAAAACAUGAUUGUUGAAUUUGUAUGUAGAUCUUUGUUUAUAAAGUGACAAUUUCUGCACUGUUUGCCUUGACUGGCAAUAAUUGGGUUAAGUAUUUAUUGAAUAAACAAUCCAUGCUGCAUAUUGCACUAGUCUCCCAAUCUGUACAUUGUAACAAUAUAAGAGUUAUUUUAAAGAAAUUAAAGCUAUUUAGAUUUAUAAUCUUCACUUCAGUGCCCAAUUAUCUGAAUGCAAUUAAUAUGAGACGUACUACAUGAACAGUCUGUAUACAUUACUUCAAGUGAAAAUUGUUACAAUAGGUUUAGAUUGGAGUAAGAGGAACUGUCUUUUGUUUUCAACUGAAAAAUAACCUCUUUAAAAAGUGCUAAAGAAUAAAGUUGACCUUCUUUGAACUAUUUUUAAACAGGGAAUACACUUUCUGGAUUAGAGUGUAAGGGCCAGGAGAAAUCUUCAGAAUUACUAGAAAAGCAAUAAACAGUUGUAUGUACUCAAAAGGAUAGCUAGAAUAUAUUGUAGUGUAUUCUUAUUCCUUGGCAGGAAGCUGACUUACAGAAUUGAGGAAAAAUUGACUGUUCAAAGACAGCAUUUUCAAGCAACAAAUCUUAGCUUUGUAAUUUUAGUACUUGUAAAACUAUUUUUAUUUCUAAAAUGGAGACUGUAUUUACAUUUUUGGGAAAAAAUCAUUCAGAUUCCCUUGUGUAUAUCUGUACUAAUGAUUAAGUUUAGCUUCCUUUUUUCUUAAGCUAUCGCAUACACAAUUAAUACUUACUUGUCUUGCUUCAGAAUUCCAUCCUUUUGUGUACUUUUACAGUUUGUUUGUAUGGUGUGCUUAAGUUUUCAGCACUCUUUUUCCUGAGAUGAAAUCUUUAAAUUUCUACUUGUAUUUCUGCAGUAUUGUCUUGCAUUUACUCAAAAUCCAUAGUAACCUGUGAAUGAAAUUUGCACUGUACUGCACUGAUUCCUGAAGCUGUAACCAAACUAACAUCUGUGUCUGUGGUUGUACUGAUGGUGGGGAAUAUCACCGUUUCAUCUGAAACUGCUUUUGGGAACAUAUAAAAGUAGCUGUGGUUUUGGUAAUAUGCAUACCCCAUUGUGGUGUUGCUUUAAAAAAGUGUAAAAUUAAUCUUUUUCUUGUAUUUUUCAAAUUCUUGAAAGGGCUUGAUACAUCAUUUGUAAUCUUGUUUUGUCAUGUUUACUAAUUUUACUUACAAAUAUAAGGUGUUAGCUCCAA